CUGAGAUGACUGUCCCUGGGAAUAAAGCCAGGGAUCUGGUGGAACUGUAUCGGGUCAGUUUGGAGCACCGAAUUGAGCAGGGUGACUGGAACCUAGUAUGCAGAGAUGAGGAACUGUUUAAGGAGGUAGAGGGACUGCUGAGGGGUGGCUGUGCCCAGGACACACACUCCUUGGGACUGGACCCCCUCAGUGUAAUGGAGGACUCGCUUCAGACAGCACAAGGAGUCAGAUUGAAGGGGCUGGCUAGAGCCUUUGAAGUGCUGGAACUGGCAGCCCUCAACCUGUACUUGUGUCCCUGGAGAAAGGAAUAUAGAGUGGUAAAGGUAUGCUAAUUUGGGGGAGAUACUGGUAACUGCGACAAUGAAGGAAACGGCAACAUAAAGUGUCUUGAUGGGGCGUUGGGCCACAAUGAGCUGCCAGAACAGCUUCUAUGCGCCUUGGCAUAGAUUCUACAAGUGUUUGGAACUCUGUUGGAGGGAUGCGACACCAUUCUUCCACGAGAAAUUCCAUAAUUUUGUGUUUUGUUGAUGGUGGUGGAAAAUGCUGUCUCAGGCAGCACUCCAGCGGUGUUCAAUUGGGUUGAGAUCUGGUGACUGACCCUAAGCAUGAUGGGAUGUUUUAAUUGCUUAAUUAACUCAGGAACCACACCUGUGUGGAGGCACCUGCUUUCAAUAUACUUUUUAUCCCUCAUUUACUCAAGUGUUUCCUUUAUUUUGGCAGUUACCUGUAUAUUGGUGGAGUGCUCAUCAAUAAUGUAUAAUCUCAUCACGAAUGCUGUUUUGGCUUCAAUUGUGUGGAAAAAGACUUUGCCUGUCCAGAAAGAUAAUUUGUUCUGUUCCUACAUUUGAAUAACAAUACAACCUUCCUCCUUAUAGAUGUUCUCAGGCAUGUUCACACAUUACAUCAAGCCGGCGCUGUCCAUGCAGCAGGUGGCCGAUCUGUUUGGGUUGCUUGGAUACCAGGCUUCAGAGGCCAGACUAUGUGAAGAGCUUAGGCUUCGUUCCCCAGGCCUACCAGUGGACACUCUUCUCCGCCUGUCCUGUGCUUUCUUUGCUGCACGUUGUGAGUGUCGCCUACUGCUGUCUGCCAUAGGACCCCAGGCCAGAGGGGUGGAGUGGGAGCUCAACCUGGUACAGGAGAGGCAGAAAGGUCACAGCCUGCAGAUAGCACUGGACAACAGCAAGAUAAGGUUGGAGACUUUACCACAGGAAGAGGAUUUUCUGAAGUUGUCUACUAUAGAGGCAGACUUGGAUCUGUACACAGCUGAUGAGUUUAAUGGGCAUAAAGAAGUUGGGUUUGUCAGAGAUCCUCUCUAUUCAAAAAGAUGGGUGUACCACAGUAACGCGAGAGGGCUUUCCUCUCAAAGAGAGAAUAUCUGUGUCUCCUCACUGACAUACAAGUUGACUAGGACCCCCUCAUUAGCACCAACAAACACCGCAACCCACAAGCAAAGGGAAAGUCCAAAUAAAGAGUUGGCCAUGUCAGGGUCAGAUAAGGUGGAUUCACACUCGCUGUCUGCAAAAGCAUCAGGGAAUGCUGUGUCUCCAGGGGGCAGUUGGAUCUGCAGCUGUAGCAAUUCCUACUCUAGUCUUUGCAUAUAUGUCCAUCAUUGCAAGAAUUGCAAUACCUUACAUAGCUUGAACUGCCACAUAGUGGAGAGGUGCGAAGACGAGGGGCAUGAAGUAAAACAUAUUGCCGGUGAUGAAGUCCUACAGGAGCAGAGAGAGAGUAGUGGAUUAUCACCACGGCUAGGAAGUCCUGGAGCGGGAGGUGUGCCACUCUACGAGGAUAAGAGAGAGUCCUGCCCUCCACUUGAUGUCAUUGAAGCAAGAAGCCUUACCCCUCAGCCCAUUCCUUUUCAUGAAUGUUGCGACACUGCCAAUCCAGACCCUGAGGUUACCUGCCUCACCUGCAGGGUCUUCCACACUAGCGCCUGUAAAAUGUUGGAGACGUGCCGGAGAAAGCAUGAGAUGCUCAUGUUGGGUGUCUGCUCAAGUGGGUUGUCGUGCACAAGGCCCCCUUUCAAACUAUGCAGGUACUGCAGUGUUGAGUAUUGUAAAGACUGUUGGUAUAGAACACCACUUGAAUGUGUUUGUGGCCACCCCUUUGACGAGUCCUCCGAAGUUUGAAUUUAAGAACCAUUUUAAAGGCACUUGAUGGAAUUGGGGAAAAGCACUGAUAAAAUAAAAUGCCUGAAAGGCUCCUUAGAAUCAAUAUUCCUCCAUAAAUAUAACAAUGGCAAUCACUUACACGUUGCCUUAAAUUAACAAUACUCUUAACUUGUAAUAAGAAUUUAUAAAUUAGCUUUAUCCCACCCAGGGAUUAAAAGUGAACUGCCAAACUCUUCUAUAUUUUUCUACUUUAGUCUCUCAGUAGGACCUUAAAUUGCCCUGAAAGUGGUGUUGUUUUUCAUGAUAAUUCGUCCAGUGUCAUUGACCGUUGGGAUCUGGAGCCUUAUACUUAUGUUAGACGUCUAAAGCAAGUGAUGCAUGUUGCAGCUCAAGAAUUGAGAUAAUACUGCCAAAUGUGGGUUGAGGUUAAGUUGCUUGUUUUCAUUAUUUGUUCUGUUGUCAGAAAGAUAUUUGAAUAAAAAUGGGAUUUAAAAUGGG